AUCGGCUCAUCGCCUACUCGCCUCUCCACCCCUCAUCAUCCUUCAUCCAGAGUUUCGUUCAUCAAUUCCAUUACCGCCGAAGAGUUUCACUCCAUCUCAAUUUAUUCAUCUCAAUCAGUUGCGGCCUCUCUAGCAACUGCCGGUAGCAGCGUGCAUAUCAUCAUCCAGAUUUCAACCAUAGCACCUUCUAAAGGUCAUCACAGGUCCUUCAUCAAGAACAAGAUUGCUAUCUUCAUAUCUUAUCCUUCAUCUGAAGUGGGAACAAUCUCUGUUCGAGAAUCUCGCAUCUCCCUCUCUACCAGUUAGAAACCAUCGAAGUUCAGAUGCCUUCGUGAGAGUUCUACCACAGGUAAGGCAUCUAAAUAUACAUAAGUUAAAAUGAAUGAAAUGCUCUGCCCUUUUCUCUUCCUGAAAUUUUUAAAUCUCCAUCGUCUUAGGUUUUGAUUUGGUGGUGAUUAUGGAUGAGUUUCAACUUCAAAUAGUGCAGGUAUAUUUGAUGCUUUGGUUUAUACUUGGGUGCUACUCCUUCGUUGGGUUUUAGAGAAGAAUGGGCUAUCCUCUGAUCAGAUUUGGUAUGCAAUGGGGCUAAACAAAGUAUUAUUCUAGCAAUCUUGACACUAUGUUCUCUAGGAGAUGAGGUUAAACCUUCAGUUAGUAUUGGUGGUGAAUGGAGAUGAGUAUAUUUGCCCUGUGAUAUGAGCGUCUCCUUUCAGAUACUAUUGUGACAUGAUAUUUAAAGUUAUGAAAAAUGAAGAUGAUGUGGCAGAGUAUUAUAAGCAACCGGUAGAAACACUUGAGGGAUUUAACAAAAUGGAUGCCUUAGCAAAGUUGUGUUCCAGGAAUGUGAAAGGUGUUCCAGUAAGCAUGAUGAACGUCAAAGGCCUCGCCCGACUCAAGAACAAACCGGCCAAGGAUCCGAAGGGGCCGGACGCUGGCGGCCAAAAGCCUGUCGGUGCGCCUCCCAAGAAGCCCGAGGGCGAUGCUGCUGCGGCAAAGAGGAAGCCGUCGGCAAAGGAGCCCCCCCAGGCCCCCAAAAAGUUGAAGAAGGGGGACGCCGCGAAGGAUGACCCCCCGGUGGUGAUUGUAGAUGACCCUCCGGAGAUGCCGAUGGCGCAGGUGCCGAGGGGUGCCCGGGAGCCAUCUCUCGAGGUCCUCACGCUCUCCCUUCCGGCUGGCACGGCCGUGUUGAAUGGCACGGCUGACCCGAGGGCGCUCCUGAGAGGUAUAACCCUCGAUAUCGACAGGGCAGCUCUCGGGGCCGAUGAUGAUCAAGCCCUCGAAGACAGGAUCCUCCGGUCUUCCCUCACGACUUGUGUUGCCCUCGGAGAGCAGUUCCGACGGCUGGAGGAAUGGCGCCUCCACAAAGCUGGGCAAGACGCCAAGAUGAAGGAGCUGAUCCUCAGGGACUCCCAGGCCACGAAGCUGAUGACCCAGCUUGAAGAGGACCUCCAGCUUGCGAGGGCGGAGGCCGGGAGGCUCAGGGAGGAGAAGGCAGAAGCUGAGGCGGCCGCUGCGGAGGCCGCAAGGAGAGCAGCCGAGGAGGCCGAGGCCAUCAAGGCGAAGGCUGUCGCCACAGCCCGGGAGGAGGCCAUCUCCGGGUUCCUGGACGGGGGGUGGAAGACCGAGGGGCACAAGGCAUGGCUGUCCUCGGUUGUGGAGGCCUCGGUUGAUGAGUGGUCUGAGGGCCCGGGCGAGGAGUGGAUGGCCCGAAAGGGUAAGCAGUAUUAUGAUGGGGGUGAGUUCUUCACUCAAGCCCUCAUCUACCGGAGGAUGGCCCGCCAUCUGAAGAUUGAGCCGAAGGACUUUGACCCGGCGGCGUACGGGCUCCCCCCUGCAGCCAGACAUCCGUGUUCCUCUCCCCCCUGAUGUCGAGAGGCCAGACCUGGAGGAUUCUGAGCUCCGGAGGGAAGCCGAGGGCGACGAUCCUGAGGCCGAUGUAGAAGUCACCUCGAAGCCAUCGGGGGAGGCGGCCCCCGGGAAUGACAUUAUUUGAUAUGUACUUUGUACUUUGAACACUUUUGUAAUAGCCACAUUAGCAUGUUUUCGGCCUCGGUCAACAUUGUAAUAACUACAUUUACUCCUUGCUGUGAUGAAUGAAUGAUUGCCUUCGGGCUUUGUAUC